ACAUAAAGAAAAGUACUGAAAACGAGGGAAGUUGAGAAAAGUUUGGUUUGUUAGGUGAUAAGACUGACAACUCCCUCACACAGACGCACAACUGACCUGAAAAUUUCAACGCAUACAUGAUGAAGGCAAUUGUUUUAAGUGCACCAUGCACUUGAAAAGCCCAAAAAUACUAGCACUUUCAGCAUCUUGAAGAUCUUGAUUUGCAUCAAGUUUUGGGGCAGAGUGUGCUUCAACAUCCUUCUCAGAAAUGGCACCUAUAGUUCAAGGUACAGGGGAAGUUAUUGUGAUAAUGGGUGUUAGCGGAGCUGGAAAAACAACUAUUGGCAAUCUUCUAGCUGAAGCUGCAAAAUGUACUUUUCUUGAUGCCGAUGAUUUCCACCCAGAUUCUAACAAAGAAAAAAUGAGGGAAGGAAUUCCACUCUCAGAGGAAGAUCGGAUGCCUUGGCUUCAAGGGCUAUGCGAUGCAUUAAAAGAGCGCAUUAUCGCAGGGAAAAUUACAGUUCUUGCUUGUUCAGCUCUGAGGAAAAGAUACAGAGAGAUUCUUAGAUUGUCUGACCCAGAUCACCUUCCCGGGAGACAUAAUUGCUCGGUGAAGUUUGUUCUUCUCAAUGUUCCAGUUGAGGUACUUUCAGAUCGUGUGAAUAAUAGACUGGCAAACGGGGAACAUUUUAUGCCCCCUUCUUUGUUACAGUCUCAAUUAGAGCUACUUGAGAUUGAUGUCUCCGAAGGAAUACUUCAGGUUGAUGCAACACAGAACCCUUCAGUUAUUGUGAAAACUAUAGGAGAUUCGCUUAUUCAAACGAAAGCUUCUGAAAGCUAUUAACAUGAUCGUUGAAUGUACAUUAACAUUUGUGAUAUGUCUAAUUCUAUUUCGUCGCAGUUUUUGAGUAGAAAGAUGUGAAAAAAUUAUUGUGUUGUAGUUGGACUUGUUCUACCUCCAUAACAUAUAUUCAGUUGAUUAACUCCUCUUGGGUUCAGAGGUGGGUGUUAUGGAUAAUUCAACUAAUGGAAUCAAAAGUUUACAUUUUAUUUA